CUCCCAUGGGUAGGUGCCUGUCUGUCACACACACCAUCGUUUCCCACUCUCCACUCUCGAUUCCGCCGCCGAUCAACCUCCGUUGCCGUCGUCGCCUGUAACUUCCGCCCUCUUUCUCACGACCGCGCACUGUCUCCAGUAAGUCCUUUACUUCUCCCCCUCGCUAUCGCGGUAUUUCGCUGUUUAGAUAGACGGAGUUUUGCAUCUGAAUCCGAUUGAGAUAGAUUGAACUGCGGAAUCGAUGGGGCACAAGAAGAAAAAUCAUGCUCCACGCUCUAAGGUACUGGCGGGAGCGGCGGCUGGUGAUUCAGCUGGUGCGGAUUCGUGUGUGAAUGACAAAGGGAUGGUCCUGGCGACGAAGAUCGAGUCGGCGGCUGGUGUACCGGAUGGUUCGUCUUAUGCGGGUAUCAAGAUUGAGUGCGAGAAGGCGUUAACGGCUUCGCGGCGGGGGAACCAUACGAAGGCGCUCCGGCUCAUGAAAGAAUUGUGCUCGCGUCACGAGAACUCUGCUCACGCAGCGCUAAUCCACCACGUGCUGGGGAUGGUCUGCGAGAAGCACGCGUCCAUAAUCGUUGACCCUAAAGCUAAGAGGCGCCUUUUGAAGAAUGCGAUCGAGUCUGGUAGGAAAGCGGUAGAGUUAUCUCCGAAUUCCAUAGAGUUUGCUAAUUUUUAUGCCAGUUUCCUAUAUCAGGCGAAUGAGUACGAAGAAGUUGUACGGGAAUGUGAGCGUGCAUUGGCGAUUGAGAAUCCAGUGGAUCCUGCCAUGGAACGCUUGCAGGAUGAAGGCCAGCAAAAGAUAUCUACUGCGGAAGCUAGGAUUGCACACGUCCAAGGCGGAUUAAGAAUUCUGAUGAAGAAUUCACAGGAUUUACAAAAGGUCGCGCCCUUUCAUACGUUGAUGAGGAAUCUUAAACUCAUUCACAUUGGAGGAGGAGUGGCACGGGAUCCAAUGGAGGAUAGACCGGUGCAGACAAGGAGGCCGAAUGAGAUUAAGAAAGCAACAAAGACUCUGGAGGAGAAGCGGAAAGAGAUUGAGGUUAAGGUUGCUGCUGUCAGGCUCGUGCAACAGAAAUCUGAAUCUUCAUCUAAGUUGCAGAGUGAAGGAGAAAGAAAUGGUAGUGGUGAUAGGGAUUCAGCUUCGGGUAGUGGGCAGAGAAGAGGUGAAAGGAGGAGGAGGAAAAAUGAUACUACUUCCGAGAGGAGUGAUUGGGUUAGGUCGUUUUGGAGUUCAAUGAGUUUAGAUUCAAAGAGGGAUUUGCUUAGGAUUAAGGUUUCUGAUCUCAAGGCACAUUUUGCUUCACUGAAGGAUGGUUUGGUGAAUGAGGUUUUGUUGGAGGCUUUGGCAUUCUGUGAGGCAAAUAAGACUUGGAAAUUUUGGGUAUGCUGCGAGUGCUGUGAGAAGUUUGUAGAUUCAGAGUCCCAUAUGCAACAUGUUUUGGGGGAGCACGUGGAGAUAUGCUGCCAGUGUGGUGAGAAGUUUGUAGAUUCGGAGUCCCAUAUGCAACAUGUUUUGCAGGAGCACACAAAGAGCCCCUUGCCAAAAAGGCGGGACAUUUUGCCUCGAAGUGUUGAUAAUGAGUGGAAUGAGAUGCUUCUGAACUGUUCUUGGAAGCCUUUAGAUACUUCUGCUGCUGUUAAAAUGUUAGGAAACCAGUCUAAACACCGGGAUUCUGAGUAUGUGGAGGAUUUUUACCCAGGGAACCAAACUGAGGAGUGUGAUGACUGUUUCAAAGAUGCAUGGGAUUCUUCACCAGAGAAGGAAAAUAUGGGGGAUUUUUAUAAUUGUUCUACUGCAGAUGGCAAAGAUUGUGACAAAGUUUCUGGCAUUUUGUGCAAGGAAUGUGAUGAAAACCAGGGGUCUUCGAUAUAUUGCCUCAUUGAUAGUUGGCCAACAGCUGAUGAUGCUGAGCGUGAAAAGUUGCUAGAAAGAAUUCAUGCCACAUUUGAGCUGCUUAUUAGACAUAAAUACCUUGCUGAAAGCCAUCUUGAGGAAGUGAAAAAACUCACAAUGGAUGAGUUGCAGCGUCUGGAGUCAGGUUUUCAGCUUUUUGAUGGUGUUGACCAAACACCUGUGUGCAUAUGCUUCUUGGGAGCUUCCCAGCUUAAAAAAAUCCUUAAAUUCUUGCAGGAUAUAUGUAAAUAUUGUGGUUUGGGCCCAUAUUCUGGGAAGAGUACUCCUGCAGAUGAUGUUAAUAGUGGCACUGAGAGUCUCCAGGUUAAAGAGAGGAUUGUUCUUAAUGGGGAUGCCUCAUGUCUCUUUCUGGAUGACAGUUUGCUGCCUUCUGACCCUGCAACAGAUGAUGCUGUGUUACCAGCUGCCAAUGCAGGCAAUGGAAAUGGGCCUCUAGCAGAAUCAGAUACUUUGCUGUCCUGGAUCUUUGCAGGCCCAUCAAGUGGGGAUGAGUUGGCUUCCUGGCUCUGCAGAAAAGAAGAAAAAACACAGCAUGGAAUGGAAAUUCUCCAGAUGCUUAAAAAUGAGUUUAGUCAUCUGCAGACCAUUUGUAAAAGUAAUUGUUGCGACAUAAGCUACAAGGAAGCCUUGGAGAAGCUGGAGAUUCUGUGUCCUAAAGAAGCUAAGAAGAGGGGGACUGUCACUGAAUUUGUUCAUCGUAGCUAUGAAUCUGUGCUUAAAGAGCGAAGAGAAGAGCUCAGAGAAGAGCUCCUUGAGAGUGAGAAUGAUGCUUCUGAUGAUAGGCUUGAGUUAGAAGCUCUGUCCAGUGUUUUAAAAGAUGCAGAAUCUCCGAAUGUCAAUCAAUUUGGAUUUCAAGAUACUUACACUGGUGUGAAUUCUCAGUUUUGUGACUUGGAAUCUGGUGAAGAUGAUGAUUGGAGAACCAAGGAUUAUCUUCAUCAAGUGGACGCAUGUGUAGAAGGUGCCAUCCAGAGACAAAAAGAGAAGUGGUCAUUAGAGGUUAGCAAACUUGAUGCACAGAUUAUGCAAAUGCUUACUGGGAUGCAGCAGUUGAAACUGAAACUUGAGCCUAUCUCUGCCCAUGAUUAUGGAACAAUAUUGUUGCCUUUGGUCAAGUCAUACUUGAGGGCACACUUGGAGGAUCUGGCCGAGAAAGAUGCCACUGAGAAAUCUGAUGCUGCAAGAGAAGCAUUUUUAGCAGAACUUGCCCUUGAUUCCAAGAAGGGUGUUCGAGGAGGAAAUGAUAAUUCAAAACAUGCACAGGAGAAAAGCAAGGAGAAGAAAAAGAAUAAGGAGUACAGGAAAUCCAAGGAUUCAAAGGCUGCUGCAGGUAGUGAGGUGCAGGUGCCUAGUGAUGAGGCUGCUGAGAUAGCUUCUUUCUCGGUUGCAUCUGAUGGUGACCUUCAUGAUUCUGAGGUUGUCUCUGUGAAUGGUGAUGACUUAAAACUACAGGAAGAGGAAUUUAGACGUAAAAUUGAACUUGAAGAAGAGGAAAGAAAGCUUGAAGAGACAUUGGAGUACCAGAGACGAAUUGAGAAUGAGGCUAAACAGAAGCACCUUGCAGAGCAGCACAAAAAGUCUAGUCAAACAUUUCUAGAUAAUGAGGCAGACAAAUUGCAUGAUUGUCACUUGGAAUCUGGUGCUGAUCAUCUAAAUAUUCAGGAAGAGGUUGCAUUGAAGAAUAGUUUUUCAUACCAUUUGGAUAGGGCAUCAAUUAGCAGUACGAAUGGUUCUGCUUUGUCUGUCAGGUCAUCUAAUAUAUCUGGGCCAUGCAAUGGUAAAACUUCAGAGGAUAGCCUUUUGCCUGUUGAUCAAAGGGGACGGAAAGGUAGACGUCAAAAGACCUCUACCAAAUCUCUUGAGGGAAAGCAGCAAGUUGUUAAAUCUGAAAACAUUGAAGUUGGGAGCUCAAAUGGCCAAGUAGAGGAGCAAGUUAGACUCCUUAAUGGUGUCCAUACAGUAAGUGGUGCUCCUCUCUUACAAGAGGGUGGAACAAAGACAUUGAGGCAACUACAAGCAGAGGAGGAUGAUGAAGAAAGGUUCCAAGCUGACCUUAAAAAAGCUGUUCGCCAAAGCCUUGACACCUACCAAGCACAUCAGGAGAUGCCCUUUUUUUCGGGUUUAAGAACACACUGGGGGAUGCCUUUGGAAGCAAAUAACCAUGGUAUUUUGCCAAAUGGCAUCACAAAUGAUGUUGUGAAUGGAACUGAUGUGUUUGGUAUGGGCCUGCAGAAUGAAGUAGGUGAAUACAAUUGUUUUUUGAAUGUUAUAAUACAGUCCUUGUGGCAUUUGAGACGGUUCCGUGAUGAGUUCUUGAGGAGAUCAACCUCUGAUCAUGUUCACAAUCACAUCGGAGAUCCUUGUGUUGUAUGUGCGCUUUAUGAUAUUUUCAAGGCCCUGAACAUUGCUUCUACUGAUGCAAGAGGAGGAGCAGUCACCCCUACUCCACUUAGGAUUGCUCUAAGCAACUUGUAUCCAGAUAGUAAUUUUUUCCAAGAGGCCCAGAUGAAUGAUGCUUCUGAAGUAUUGGCAGUAAUCUUUGACUGCCUUCAUCAUUCAUUUACCCUUGAUUCAAGUGUAUCUGAUGCUGAAUCAGUGGACAGCAGGUGCAAGGGGUCUUGGGAUUGUGCAAACAGUGCUUGCAUAGUGCAUUCCCUUUUUGGAAUGGACAUAUUUGAACAAAUGAAUUGCUACAAUUGUCAUCUAGAGUCCAGACAUAUGAAGUACACCUCUUUCUUUCAUAACAUAAAUGCCAGUGCCCUCCGUACAAUGAAGGUUAUGUUUGCCGACAGCCGGUUUGAUGAACUCCUAAAUCUUGUAGAGAUGAACCAUCAAUUGGCUUGUGAUCCAGAUGCGGGUGGCUGUGGGAAGUUGAACCACAUCCAUCACUUUCUCUCAACUCCACCACAUGUUUUCACAACAGUUCUAGGUUGGCAGAAUACAUGCGAAAGUGCUGAAGAUAUAUCAGCAACAUUGGCUGCGCUGAAUACUGAAAUAGACAUCUGUACCCUUUAUCGCGGUCUAGAUCCAAAGAACAAACAUACCUUAGUUUCAGUGGUUUGCUACUAUGGGCAACACUAUCAUUGCUUCGCCUAUAGCCACGACCAUGGAUGUUGGAUAAUGUAUGAUGAUAAAACUGUCAAGGUUAUUGGUAGCUGGAAUGAUGUCCUCAAAAUGUGCGAGAGAGGGCAUCUACAACCACAGGUUCUAUUUUUUGAAGCUGUAAAUUGAAAAUUUUGAUGAAAUCUGUCACAGUAAUUCCUAUGCUGAGAAUCAUUGAGUUCAAAAUGGGUUUUGCAUUUGAUACUGUCUGCGGUGAGGCAUUGUCUAUAGUGUUGCAUGGCAGCUUACAACAGCCAAUUCAGUUCACAAUAGAAACUUGUUACACUGGUUACGGAGUAAGUAGAUGGUACAUGAUAAAACAUUUAGAACAGGGAUAUAGAAGGAAGAGUUUUGGGAGACCUUGGCAAAUUUUGUAGAUGGUGGUUUUCAGGGAAAGAAAUUAUGUAUCAAAGGGGAUUUCGUUUCAAACUGAAGAAAAUGGAUGAUGGAAGAGGAAUUUUAUUUUUUAGCACUCCUGCCUCUAAAUACCUUUUUGUUGUUGAAACUUAAUAAGUUGAGGAGAUCGAGAGAGUAGUAGUUUCCUGGUUGGAUGGCCAUUUAAUUAAUGCACUGGCAGGGGAUGAUGCUAUGUUAUGCAAAGUGCAUUUUUGGCAGUUAUUUCCUGGAGCAAUAUGCAGUUGUAAAAGGAGGGGGAACUCUGUUUUAGAUUAAAAAACACUCAGCGAAAUGGUGUUUUUUCCUUAUCUUUUUCCUCUCCUUUUCUCCUUUUUUUUUUUUUUUUUUUUUAAUAUUUUCCGUUCAUUCUAAAAAGGAUAUGUAUAGAUGACAUUAUGCCAUAUCCACGGCUUUUCAGACUACGGCAAAUUGUUUUCAUAUCCUGGUGCUGAAUGGGUUCAACCUUGAUCUCUCCUUGCAUAAUCAUGAUGACUCUCUCAGUCAUUUUGUAUUUAAUGAUUUUCUUUGGGGCAGAGGAGCAUGUAACCUAAAUCUUUAGCAUGCAACUAGAACAACACAACCAGGAAGGCUUUUGCUUAGAAGUAAACAGCUAAGAAUUAUGUGAGAAUGGCAAAAGAUUGUAGAUGUGCAAGCUCAUUUUCUUUUAUUUUGUUUUUGGAUGUAAUAUUGAGGGUAAGUUUGUCCUCCUCUCUUUUCCGUUUGAAAA